GUGACGUUCCCGCCAGCCAUUGCAGACAUGGCGGCGCCCCUGGGAGGGAUGUUCACCGGGCAGCCUCCAGGUCCUCCUCCGCCGCCGCCCGGGCUCCCAGGCCAGGCGUCGCUUCUGCAAGCAGCCCCUGGGGCUCCGAGACCCUCUAACAGCACUUUGGUGGACGAGUUGGAGUCAUCGUUCGAGGCUUGCUUUGCCUCCCUUGUGAGUCAGGAUUAUGUCAAUGGGACUGAUCAGGAAGAGAUUCGAACUGGUGUUGAUCAGUGUAUCCAGAAGUUUUUGGACAUUGCAAGACAGACUGAAUGUUUUUUCUUACAAAAAAGGCUGCAGUUGUCUGUCCAGAAACCGGAUCAAGUUAUCAAAGAGGAUGUCUCAGAACUAAGGAGUGAAUUGCAGCGGAAAGAUGCGCUGGUCCAGAAGCAUUUGACAAAGCUGAGGCAUUGGCAGCAGGUGCUGGAGGACAUCAAUGUGCAGCACAAGAAGCCCACUGACAUGCCUCAGGGAUCCUUGGCCUUCCUCGAGCAGGCAUCUGCCAAUAUUCCUGCACCUCUGAAGCAGACCUAAGCACUCCUGCCUGUGCUACAGCCUUGCAGUCUUGCUAGACAUAGUUCCUUACAGACCUGACAUAUUGGAAGGACUCUGUUGGAUAAUGAGUUGGUAUUAGUUAUGUCCCUAUUUAUAAGGUAGGGUUCCAGUAUGAAGCCCGGAUGGGCCUUGAACCUGUGAUCCCCUGCCUCAACUCCUCUAGUACUCUAAAUUCCUGAAUACUUUAUAAAAUACCUGUAUCUUUGAUAAAGUAAAGUUUGGUUUUGUCUGUUUGUUUUAAUCUUUAGUACUGUUUAUCCUUUAGACUGUUGGAGUCAUCACACACAUUCUUACUUGGCCUUUGCUGUUUGUUUUGACAUUUUGUAGCCUCAUCUCCCUUUUUUUUCUUAAGCUAUGAAUUUGGUGAAAAACCUGAAGGAAAAAAAUGUUUAAUAGUUUGAGAAGCCAGGGGAAAUAGAGUUUGGUUAUUAGGCUUAAUAAUGACUAGUGGUAGUGUAGACAAAUAUGUAAACUCUGAGCUACCUCAUGAGGAACCUGGCACAGCAGUGUGAUGAUUCUAGGGCGGCACAAGGCAAGCGAAUUGCACAGGUGGCUCAGAAGAGGUUAAAUAUGCUGCUAAUGUAGGAUUACAGGAGGAUACUUACCUUAAUGCUGGAUUUUUAUCUGGGCUGUUACAAUUCUGAGUCCUUACUCACUCUGCUUUGAAGACACACAUAUUAGGAAUAUGGCAUGCUGAGUGCUUUCGGGCUGUGCUGUGAUGGUCAAUGUAAGGAAUGGAGUCCCAGGGAAGGCUCGGGUGAGGUAUGAGGCCAAAGCCCUGCUUGGACUUGGAUUGUCUCUUUGUCUCUUGGUUUUAUUUACUUGUUUUGUUCCCCCACCCCACCCCAAAGCCAAGCACCUCUGUUCACCCAAAACAAAUACUCCAUACCUUUUGAAUAGUCAGUGCAUCUCCAGCUUGGUUUUGUCCAUUUUGGUUUCUGGAGCCUUGAAGCCCAGGUCCCAAGCAUUAGCACCCACUCACUGCCUGUCUAGGCUGGGCAUAGCCAUCUGGUCUCCAAAGCUUCAGAAUGCCCCAGGACACAGUGUUUUGUUUUGUUUUUAAUUUUGUCAACUUUUUAAAAUUCUACAUAUGCUUUAUGAAUUGUGACUAUGUUAGUUGCUCUAUUGUAUGCCUGUUAGAAUUUUCUUGAUUAUAUAAGAUCUUACAAUUUUCAUAUAUAUGCUUGAUUGUUUGAUAUUCAGUGCCUGGACCAAUUAGAACCAGUCUGAGGCCAUCAAGUCCCUUUAAUUAGAAUAUAUACAUUAAACAGUGUUGAAAAAUUUAGGGUGGCAUGAUGGCAUUUGGGAGGUAGAGGAAGGAGGCUCAAAGUUUAAUCUCAUCUUCAGCUACAUAGCAGGUUUGAAGCUGUUGUAGGCUACAUGAAAUCUGUCCCCCUCCCCUCAACCUCCAGCAAAACAAACAAAUGAACAAACAAACAAACAAAAAGCCUAAAACCCAUGCAUUUUCUGAAGCACUGAUUAACAGCUUGGCUGUUUUUUAAUUUCUUGGCUAAAACCUAAAUAAACUGGUUACAUUUUGGCUGGUUUUUCAAUAAUAAAGAGGAUGGUGAAAAUAC